UUCUGAACAAACAAAUACUCAAAUGCCAUAAUAAUGUAAAAAACUAUAUGCACAGGAUAUGUAUGAGCAUAAUCCCGCUGGAAAAUUCCAAGGUGGACUAUCAGUAGCAGUUCCAGGGGAAUUAAAAGGUCUCCAUGAGGCUUGGGAGAAAUAUGGGAAGCGUCCUUGGAAGGAACUAGUGCAACCUGCAAUUGAUCUAGCAGAGAAGGGAUUUCGGGUGUCUCCUUUUCUAGCAUAUGAAAUGGAACAAUCAGAGGAUGCAAUAUCCAGAGAUCCCGGUUUACGUGAGAAGUUCAUGAAAGAUGGAACACUAUUGCAGCCUGGAGAUCUGUGUCGCGACCUUCAACUUGCGAGCACGUUGCAGAAAAUUGCAGAUGAAGGGCCCUCGGUGUUUUACAACGGUCCCGUGGGGCGCGAUUUGGUUGCUGAUAUCCAAGACAAAGGAGGGAUAAUCACAUUGGAAGACUUGCAAGGUUAUACCGUUCAACGCAGAACGCCAAUUUCCAAAAAGGUCAUGGGGCGCGAGAUAAUUACGAUGCCGCCUCCUUCAUCUGGAGGUGUUGGGGCGCUACUCGUUUUGAAUAUACUUGCUCAAUAUGGUGAGCUUUCUGGACCCCUUGGACUCCACCGUAUGGUUGAAGCAUUGAAGGAGAUGUUUGCAAUGAGAAUGGGACUAGGGGACCCAGACUUUGAAGAUGUUGAACCUGUUGUAGAUGCAAUGCUCGCUGACGUAGUAGCAAGAUAUUUGAAGAACACAAUAGAUGAUAACACAGCUCACGAUCCUUUCUUUCCUAUUCAAAGGUACCCAUAUAUAUUCUUAAGGGGAAGUAUGUAACCA